CCAGAACUGUGAGGAGCACUGGAGAUCCCGGAUGCUUUUUCAGGACCUGAUCAUGAGCUUUCAUGCAGGACGUUGAUGGAGGGUUUUCCGGCGGACCUUUUUGGAGUACCGAUUUCUGGAAUGUCUGACUUGACCCGGAGACGCUUGUCAGCAUCGAAGACGACGGUUCACCUCUGAGUUCUGGAUUUAUCAGUGUGGACCGCCCUGAAUCUGAUAAGCUCAAACGGUCAAAAUCACACCUGGUGAGUUUGUUCUCGCCGCUGCUCGAUCAUGAGCCAGGACAUGGAGAACCCUGAGGAGAAAGACUGGACGGAGCUGGAACCUUCGUACCCCAUCAAAAUCUUCCUGACCAUCCUCUACAGCCUGAUGCUGGUGGUGGGAAUUGUGGGGAACUCCGUCACGAUCAGGGUCACGCAGGUUCUGCGGCAGAACGGCUACCUGCAGAAGAAUGUGACUGACCACAUGGUCAGUCUGGCCUGUUCUGACCUGCUGGUGCUUCUCAUUGGGAUGCCUGUGGAACUCUCCAGUGCGAUCUGGUUCCCGUUCACCUCAGCUUCCGGCAACGUCUCGUGUAAGAUCUACAACUUUCUCUUCGAGGCCUGCAGCUAUGCCACCGUCCUCAACGUCGCCACGCUGAGUUUUGAGCGCUACAUGGCCAUUUGCCACCCCUUCAAAUACAAAACAUUUGGCGGGAAACGCGCCACCGCUUUGAUCACGGUCGCCUGGGUGGUGUCGGUGCUGGUGGCCUUGCCGUUGCUCUUCGCCACAGGGACGCAGGGCGUCUUCACAGACCGGUCCGACCACCCGGUCCAGAAUCUGACCUUCUGCACCAACCUGCGUGAGCGCUGGGUGAUGUACCAGGCCAGCAUCUUCGUGUCCUUCAUCCUCUACAUGCUGGUGCUAGUAGGCGUUGCCUUCAUGUGUCGAGCCAUGAUCUUGGUGCUGCGACGGCCUAUGGCGCCCACGGACAACCAGGUCAACGCAAAACCCAAGCACGAGAGUGUGAAGGUCAAGACGGCCCGGAAGCAGACUAUCAUCUUUUUAGGACUGAUCGUGGGAUCACUGAUGGUUUGCUGGCUUCCCAACCAGAUCCGACGUCUGAUGUUAGCCGCCGUCCCAAAGCAUCUCUGGACCGUCUCCUACUUUCGCGGCUUCCUCAUCCUCCAUCCGGUGGCCGACAGCUUCUUCUAUCUCAGCUCCGUCCUCAACCCUUUCAUGUACAACAUCUCCUCCAGGCAGUUCCGUCAGGUCUUCACCCAGGUCCUGCGCUGCCGUCUCACCAUCCAGCACGUCAACAAGCGCACAGUGGUCAGCUCGCGCCCUGCGGGACAAUCCCUGCGGCCGCUGUUACGCUCUUUACGCCGCAGCAGAGCUAGAACGACGGAGGCCGAACAAGAAGAACCUCCAAAAAUCACCGCCUUUCAAAGCGACUCUGGCAUCGAGUCUCAGAUGAGUCGGACUGAUGACUCAAAUCAGACUCUUAAAAUUAAGGAUGGAUUUUCUGAGAGCGAAAUUUGAAGAGUUACUUGCAACAAUAAAGCAAAAUGAAAUCAUUUCCCUUCAACACAGUGGUUUUUGAAGAAGCGCAAAUAAAACAAAGAUGUUGCUCAGCCUUUGAAAGUUCACAGAUUCCUCACAAUUGAAGCGGAGAGCUUCUCUGCACUGGGAACACUUGUCUAAUUAGGAAAAACCCUCAGAUCACCCGACUGUCAGGGAACGUCUCGCAUUAACUGUGGGCCAAGUUACGCACGGUGAAAUCCAAAAUCUCCAGUUAACAAUGCAAGGUUUGGUUUCAGAGCCACAUGGGACCUUUUGAGUCUCUGUCAACCUCAUAUGAGCGAUUUAGGAUCAAUGAAUAUGAUGUCACACAACAAACAUGAACUCACCAGGAAUAUUUCCUUGAACAAUCUUGAUGUUGUCCACACAAUGCAGCUUUGACAGUGGUGGUAAGACAAAAAAAGAAACACAUUGUAGUGAAAUCAGCUUUUAUUUUCUGCUGUGUCCCAUACAGAGGGAAUCUUGACGUUGCUCCUCUGCAUCGGUUGUAAUAAAGUCAACAUUGUUUCUGUAUGUUCAACUUACAGUUCCCUGCCACUUAUGAACAGGGGCAGAAAACUACUCUUUAUUAUAAUGGUUUUCGUUGUUUUAUCUGGUCUGAAUAAAACAAUAUUGACGUGAUACCAAUACAAACCACCAGGGGUCAGUAAUCAGUUUGUUACAAUAAUAUUUUUGGACGUCAUCGCCAUCGUACAAUUCACCGUUAUAACACUAUCGCCAGGCCACAAUGGGGUCACGUGAUUAAUGCCGUAUAAACUUUCAACACUAGAGAGCUGCUGUGUGCGAUUCAUGAAAACAAGUAACAUUUUAUGCGCUGUUUUAAAUCGUUGCCAUCUAAAGUGUAUCAGUGAAAUCGUAAUUGUUGUCGUAUACAUGUUUCUGACUUGAUAUUAAACAAGUUAUCAGAUACAGUUUUAAUGUUUCGGUGUCUGGC